AUGGGUAUAAGGGUAAGAGUGAUCAGAAAUGGUGAUGGAAGAAAACCUAAAACAGGUGAUGUUGUGACUAUUCAUUAUACAGGUAGAUUGACUAACGGUACAAUAUUUGAUUCCUCUGUAAUGAAAGGUACUCCAUUUACUUUUAGAAUUGGAUUAGGUCAAGUAAUUAGAGGAUUCGAUCAAGGACUUUCUCAGAUGUCAACUGGUGAAAUUGCACAAUUAACUAUAUCUUCUGAUUUGGCCUAUGGAGUAAAAGGAACUCAAGGAAUUCCUCCAAAUUCCACAUUGAUUUUUGAAAUCGAAGUUUUAUCCAUUCAACAAAAUCCUGACUAUUAA